CGCUGCAGGGAGAGGGGACGCCAGGGUCACCGCCUUCUCCUUGCUCGGCCCCCACUAGUCAGUGGCGCUUCCUGACCUGAUCCUGCUGCAGGAAGUCCCGGGCGCCCCGGCAGCCUCUGUUUAUGCCGCCCUCUGGGUCUGGCUGCCAGCGACUCAGUGCUGUGACACCGGCCAACUCUUGGGCCACCGCGGCGAAUGCCAGGAACUGAGGGGCACGGCCCUCAGGCGCGGCGGGGAACAGGCCAUGUACCUGCACACGGUGAGCGACCGGGACUCUGGCUCCCUGCUCGAGGAGCCCUUCGACGGCAGGAGCCUCUCCAAACUGAACCUGUGUGAUGACGGAGGAGCGAGCCCCAAACGCCGGGCGGGCAGCGGCUGCUGCAGCCCGCUGGGCUCCCUGUCGGGCCUACGGCACGCCGUGCUCGGCCUCUACCUGCUCGUCUUCCUGCUGCUCGUGGGCAUCUUCAUCCUGGCAGUGUCCAGGCCCCAGAACGCCCCCGAGGACCUGAAGGCGCUGGCCGUGCACGUGAACCGGCUGAACGAGAGCCUCCGGGAGCUGCAGCUGCGGCUGCUGCAGGCGCCGCUGCAGGCGGAGCUGGAGGAGCAGCUGUGGAAGGUGCAGGAGGCGCUGCAGAACCACACGGACUCGCUGCUGGCGCUGGCGGGCACGGUGCCGCGGCUGGAGGGCGCGCUGGGCGCGCUGCAGGUGCAGGCGGCGCAGGCCGAGCAGGCGGUGGCCGCGCUGGGCGAGCGCACUGGCCAGCAGAGCGACGCGGCGCAGCUGGAGCGCUACCAGCUGCAGGUGGACAGCAACCGCUCCCAGCUGCUGCUGCGGCGCCACGCGGGGCUGCUGGACGGGCUGGCGCGCCGCCUGGCCGGCCUGGGCGAGGAGCUGGCAGACGUGGGCGGCGCGCUGCGGGGCCUCAACCGCAGCCUGGCCUACGACGUGGCGCUGCAGGGCACGUGGCUGCAGGACCUGGAGAUGCUGGUGGUCAACACCAGCCUGGACACGCGGCGCCUGCGCCUCGGCCACCUGGGCCUGGAGCGGCAGCUGCGCCAGGAGCUGGCCGUGCUCAACACGGUCACCGAGGACCUGCGACUCAAGGACUGGGAGCACUCCCUGGCGCUGAGGAACCUGACGCUGGCCAAAGGCCCCCCAGGCCCCAAAGGAGAGCAGGGGGAUGAAGGCAAGGAAGGUCAGCCCGGCCUCCCAGGAAUCCCAGGGCUCCAAGGCGUGCCCGGGGUGAGAGGAACCCCAGGACUUCCAGGCCCCAAGGGUGAUGAUGGGAAGCUGGGACCCACCGGCCCCAUGGGCAUGCGCGGGUUCAAAGGGGACCGAGGCCCAAAGGGAGAGAAGGGAGAGCGGGGAGACAGAGCCGCGGACGCUGGUGGCCUGGAGGCCGUGCUGAUCCGCCUGGUGAACGGCUCGGGCCCACACGAGGGCCGCGUCGAGGUCUUCCACAACCAGCGCUGGGGCACGGUGUGUGACGAUGGCUGGGACAAGAAGGACGGGGACGUGGCCUGCCGCAUGCUGGGCUUCCGGGGCGCUGAGGCUGUCUACCGGACGGCUCACUUCGGGCAAGGCAGCGGCAGGAUCUGGAUGGAUGACAUCGCCUGCCGGGGCACGGAGGACACCCUCUUCCGCUGCAGCUUCUCCAAGUGGGGUGUGACCAACUGUGGCCACGCCGAGGACGCUGGGGUGACCUGCCACAGGGACUGAGAGUGACACCCGCCGCUCUCCUCCUCGGCGCUGGGCCCAGGCAGCCCAUCCGUCCCAGACCCCUGCCCCAG